AUGACGCCAAAACUUCAAGGUGGCCUUAAUAAUUCCGUUAUUCUUAUCAGCCUCGACUACAAAAACUACACAGGUAAGCUGCUUUCCUACCUAGAGCCAGUCCUCCUGAGUUCAGAGUGGAGCAGGUUCGUGAAGUGUUGGCACGCUAAGACAGACGGCUGGGCGGCAUCGACAUUCCAUAGCAACUGUGAUGGGAGGGGACCCACAGUGAUAAUCAUCAAAGUGAACGAUUCCAUAUUUGGUGGAUACACUGAUGUGUCCUGGGGACCAAGCGGUACCUGUGAUUGGUCUUACUCCACCAAAGCCUUUUUAUUCUCAUUUAACAACGUCAAAGGAUACAAUCCUGUGAAGCUGACACAAUACCGAAACCAGCAACACGCAAUGUACACAUGUUCCUCUUACGGACCCACUUUUGGCUCGGGAUUUGACAUCCACAUAUAUGACGACGCCGUAAACAAUCAACAUUCUUAUACUGAAUGCGGCCAGACUUACUCCAACCCCGCGGGUUAUUCGGGUGUAAACUGUGGAUUUUUCACAGGAAGUCGUCAGUUUACUCCAUCUGAUAUUGAAGUUUUCUUCGAAAUAGGUGGCCUUGGUGCAUCUGAUAUUCUUGGAAGCCUGGACCCCAAUAAAUACUUGGGAAAGCUGAUUUCGUUUUUAGACCCAGUUCUUCCCACUGCAUCCCGUACUGACUUUGUUAGGUGUUGGCAUGCUAAGGCAGACGGCUGGGCAGCAUCGACAUUCCACAGCAACUGCGAUGGGAGGGGACCCACAGUGACAAUCAUCAAAGUGAACGAUUUCAUAUUUGGUGGAUACACUGAUGUGUCCUGGGGACCAAGCGGUUCCUGUUUUUGGUCUUACGCCACCAAAGCCUUUUUAUUCUCAUUUAACAACGUCAAAGGAUACAAUCCUGUGAAGCUGACACAAUACCGAUACCAGCAAAACGCAAUGUACACAUGUUCCUCUCACGGACCCACUUUUGGCUCGGGACAUGACAUCCGCAUAUAUGACGACGCCGUAAACAAUCAACAUUCUUAUACUGAAUGCGGCCAGACUUACUCCAACCCCGCGGGUUAUUCGGGUGAAAACUGUGGAUUUUUCACAGGAAGUCGUUAUUUUACUCCAUCUGAUGUUGAAGUUUUCUUCAAAAUAGGUGGCCUUGGUGCAUCUAUUAUACUUGGAAGCCUGGACCCCAAUAAAUACUUGGGAAAGCUGAUUUCGUUUUUAGACCCAGUUCUUCCCACUGCAUCCCGUACUGACUUUGUUAGGUGUUGGCAUGCUAAGACUGACGGCUGGGCGGCAUCGACAUUCCACAGCAACUGCGAUGGGAGGGGACCCACAGUGACAAUCGUCAAAGUGAACGAGUACAUAUUUGGUGGAUAUACUGAUGUGUCCUGGAGCGGAGCUGGUUCUUGCGCUUAUUCCUACGCCAAUAAAGCUUUCAUCUUCUCUCUCUAUAACGUCAAAGGAUACAAUCCCGUAAAGUUAACACAAUACCGAAAUCAGCAAUAUGCAAUGUACAGAUGUAAUACGUAUGGACCCACCUUUGGGAAUGGUCAUGAUAUCUACAUAUCCGACGGCUCCGGAAACAACCAAAACUCCUACACCAGAUGCGGUUACACAUACACGAUACCCUCUGGGUACUCUUAUGGUGACUGUGGUUUUUUUACAGGGGGGUCUCAUUUCUCUCCAACGGACGUCGAAGUAUUCUAUGAAGCAGGUGGCCUUGGUGCAUCUAUUAUACUUAGAGGCCUGGACCCCAAUAAGUACUUGGGAAAGCUGAUUUCGUUUUUAGACCCAGUUCUUCCCACUGCAUCCCGUACUGACUUUGUUAGGUGUUGGCAUGCUAAGACUGACGGCUGGGCGGCAUCGACAUUCCACAGCAACUGCGAUGGGAGGGGACCCACAGUGACAAUCAUCAAAGUGAACGAUUACAUAUUUGGUGGAUAUACUGAUGUGUCCUGGAGCGGAGCUGGCUCUUGCGCAGGUUAUUCCUACGCCAGUAAAGCUUUCAUCUUCUCUCUCUAUAACGUCAAAGGAUACAAUCCCGUAGAGUUGACACAAUACCGAAAUCAGCAAUAUGCAAUGUACAGAUGUAAUACGUAUGGACCCACCUUUGGCGCUGGGUGUUAUCAUGAUAUCUACAUAUCCGACGACUCUGGAAACAACCAGAACUCCCACACUAGAUGCGGUUGUACGUACACGACACCCUCAGGGUACUCAACUGGUGACUGUGGGUUUUUUACAGGGGGGUCUCAUUUCUCUCCAACAGACGUCGAAGUAUUCUAUGAAGCAGGCCUUGGUUUGUCCGCCAUACUUCGAAGUCUUGAUUACAACCAGUACUUGAAGGUACUGUUUUCGUAUUUGGACCCAGUCCUUAUCAAUAAAGAACGUAGUAGGUUUGUUAGGUGUUGGCACGCAAAGACGGACGGUUGGGCAGCAUCGACAUUCCACAGUAACUGCGAUGGGAGGGGACCCACAGUGACUAUCAUCAAAGUUAACAGUUAUAUCUUUGGUGGAUACACUGACGUGUCCUGGACCAGCAGUCCCUGUGCUUAUUCUUCAGCCAGCAAAGCUUUUGUUUUCUCUCUUUACAACGUCAAAGGAUACAAUCCCGUGAAGCGGACACAAUACCAAAACCAGCAAUACGCAAUGUACAGAUGUUCCUCUUACGGACCCACUUUUGGUGUAGGACAUGAUAUCUACAUAUCAGAUGACGCAAAAAACAAUCAACACUCUCAUACUGAAUGCGGCCAGACGUACAAAAACCCCACUGGUUAUUCGGGUGAAAACUGUGGAUUUUUCACAGGAAGUCGUCAAUUUACUCCAGCUAACAUUGAGGUUUUUUUCGAAAUAACAAACUAA